AUGGGAAGCGAUAGGAAGUCGCGGUACGAAGAGAAGAGGAAGAAGAAGAGCAGCAGCAGCAGGAAGAGAAGCUCAUCUCCGUCCUCUGCAGAAGAUGCAGGAAAGAGCCGGAAGAGGAGUAGAAAUGAAGACGGAGGUGAUGGGAGGGACAGUAAGAAAGAGAAGCAAAAGGAUAGCAAGUCUCGCAGCCAUCGCUCUGAUAAAGAAAAGAAGUCGAAGGAUAGGCACGAUGCAAAACAUCACAAAGGCGAUGACAAGUUGAGAAGCGAUUUCACGGAGCUAUCAGCAGACGACUACUUUGCUAAGAACAAUGAGUUUGCAACCUGGCUAGCAGAAAAGAAGAAAGUUUUCUUCUCGGACCUGUCCUCCGAGUCUGCCCGAGAAAUGUUUGCAGACUUCGUCAAGGCCUGGAAUAAACAGAAGCUCGACUCCAAGUACUACGAUGGGAUCUCAAGUGGACCUCGUACAGCCCAUAACUGGAAAAUUAAGAGGUAGUGCUCACGACAAAAGUGGCUAGAAGUGUCGUCCUUUUGCUUUCUUUGUGCUAGUACGGUUUAGUAGCACAGGUUGCUUAGCCUUGGAGCUUUGUGCAAGAAUUUAUGCUUUGAACUUAUGAAUGUAUGUAGGCUGUGGAAUGUGGUUUUGAGGGAAGCUAUAGAACAAGAUCCAAAGUUUCUGCAACUACUAUAAAUGGUUCGAAACAGCAGAGAUGCAAUAUUUUAAGGGUCUUGUAGGUUUUUCAUGCUUAUGAGUGGUAACAUUUUGUGUAUCACCACGACACCAACUAUGUCAACAUGGAGUGAUGAGUGGAAGUGACAUGAUUAAAACCUUGUUAUAAAGGGGAUCUUCUAUUAUUUCGCACGUGAGGGGUUAACUCUUGCUCUCGCGCAUCUUGUUCUCUUUUUAGCUUGUUUGGAACCUCUGAUUACAGAU